AUGAUUCACGAAAAGGCCUCUAGCCGCUGGUGGGUCGAGCUUUUAACAGAAGUGACAAUUUUCGCCAUAGGGCUUGUGGGAAACAUCUUUGUUCUUAUCAUAGUUCACAGGAGAAACGCCAGGACGACAAUCCAUGAAAUAUUUGUUACAAGUCUGGCCAUUGCAGAUCUGGUUUUGUUGUGUUUUGAUUCGCCUGUUUCCAUUUUACGCCGUUUCAGUCUCAAGUCUGAAACGUAUAACUGCAGAGUACAUCUGACUGUGGUUACAACAGGAUACAAUGCAGGGCUUUUCACCAUCACGUCCAUGGCGAUUCAUCGGUGCCAUAUUGUGACGAAUCCGUGGAAACCGAAGCUGAAGCGAAGGGGUUCAAUAAUAUGGGUGUCACUUGUGUGGCUAGCUGCUUUUAUAUUGGUUAUUCCACUCAUUGUUGUUAAUAAAAUAACAGAAAAUGGCAAGUGUGAAGAGGAUUGGUCAUCAAUCACAGUCCGUCGGGCAUACACUGCUUUGCUGAUGACCCUUCAGUACAUUUUACCACUACUCAUUACAGCAAUUUGUUACUUGCGAAUAUUGGUAUUUUUGAAAAAGCGGCCUGUGUUGCCGAGAAACAACGAUCCAACCAAUGAUAUUCAAGCUCCAAAUGAAGAAAACACCAGAGAAACAACAACGAUCCUGAAGACCGUAGCAGUAAUUGUUUUCUUGUUUUUGGUAUUAUUGUUGCCAAAUCAAGUCGCUUGGAUGCUGUUGGAUUUCAGAAAUGUUUCCUAUGAGGAGCUCUGGUUUGUUGCUGAUAUACUAACAAGGCUUCAUAGCUGUUUAAACCCAGUUGUGUAUGGAGUCAUGAACAAACAAUACCGUCGUAGUUAUGCCAGCUUUGUAUCGUGCAUGUUCUGCUGCGGACGAUCAGGGAGCCUUGAUCUUGCGCCAGCUGGAAACGCCAUCGGAUAA